GGACGAGUUCCUUAUGUGCUAUCAGCUGCCUAUACGGAAAAACAACGUGCAGUAAUAGCACGAGCAAUCGCUGGCUAUCAAGCGAAGACGUGCAUUCGAUUUGUUCCCAAAACUGCUCAAGACCGUGAUUUCAUAGUUAUCUCGAAGUUGGAUGGAUGCUAUGCUGAUUUUGCUCGUGUGGGUGGCCGACAACAGGUAUCUCUGGCAGAUGAAUGUAUAGACUAUGCAACUAUCAUCCACGAACUUAUGCAUGUAAUCGGUUUCAUUCACGAGCAUCAACGGGAAGACCGAGAUGGCUAUGUGAAUAUUUUCUAUCAAAACAUUAUUCCUGGAGCUAAUUCGGAUUUUGACAAAUUGACUUCUUUGGAUCUCACCUAUUACGGUGAACCUUAUGACUACCUCUCCAUUAUGCAUUAUGAAAAAAAUGAAGGCAGCAGAAAUGGACAGAAUACGAUUGAGGCAAAGGAUGCUCGCUAUACGAAUCUGAUGGGGAAAAGCACGGACUUCUCAGAAUCUGAUCUGAAACGAGUGAAUCGGGCCUACUCCUCUGUGUACCCAUUUGCAAAAAACCGAUGA